GAGUAGAUCACGCUUAGCUGUACGAGAUUUAGAAUCAUCGGAAGGAAACAGAACCGGCAGUUUUACAAAACCGAAAGAAUUAUUUAGAUAAUUCAAAAUGUUCGGGUUAAUGGAGGCAGAUUUUCUAGAUGAUGUGCGGCGGAUGAACAAAAGACAGCUGUACUAUCAAGUUUUGAAUUUUGGUAUGAUAGUGUCCUCAGCCUUGAUGAUAUGGAAAGGUCUAAUGGUAGUCACAGGGAGUGAAAGUCCUAUAGUGGUAGUUCUUAGUGGAAGUAUGGAACCUGCAUUUCACAGAGGAGAUCUGUUGUUCCUAACUAAUCACAGAGAGGAACCAAUCCGUGUUGGAGAAAUUGUUGUGUUUAAAGUAGAAGGCCGAGAUAUUCCUAUUGUACACAGAGUGCUUAAAGUUCAUGAAAAAGAAGAUGGAACAGUGAGAUUUUUAACAAAGGGAGAUAAUAAUUCAGUAGAUGACAGAGGAUUAUAUGCUCCAGGACAGUUAUGGUUAGAGAAAAAAGAUGUUGUAGGAAGAGCUAGAGGAUUUGUACCAUAUGUUGGAAUAGUGACUAUUUUAAUGAAUGAUUAUCCUAAAUUUAAGUAUGCCAUAUUAGCCUGUCUUGGACUGUUUGUGUUACUGCAUAGAGAAUAGAUCUGUUGGUGUAUAAAUGGGCAUUGGAUAAAAGAUCAUCAGACAUAAAUUAAUCAUGUCAGCAAAUUUAGUGCUUAUAAAAACAAUUUGGUGUCAAACAAUAUCAUUUUCAGUUUUUCAAGUCUUGUAAAACAAAUAUUUACUAGUUUGACAAAACCAAAACAAUCAAAAUAUAGUUUUAUGAUAACAAUUUUACAGUAUGAAAUGUGUAUUUGCAUUGGUUGGGUGGACUAUAUUCAGAUCUUGUUUGUUAUGUUGUGAAAAGGCUUGCAACAAAAAAGAGACCAAUUUAGCUCACUCUUUUUAAAGGACAGCAUAGCUAUUUCAACCUAAAUAAUAGAUGUGAAUUACAAGUUAAGUAAAUGUUGACAAAUAUGUUUUGCUCAAUAUGAUAGUUAAGGUGAAGCUAAAGGUCAAUAAGAUUACUUUUUCAUAGAAUCUAAUAUUCAACUUUCAUCACUAGUAGUAGUCAUUUUACAUACUGUGACAUUCACAACCUUGGUGCUUUCUAGUCAUUUAAUUAAAAUAUUGUGUGCAAUUUGUACCAAAAAUAAAAUAACAUUAAGUCAUUGGUUUAAUUUCAUCUGUUAAAGAUGUUUUUUUUAAUCAAUCUUAAUGUUUUGGUGAUUGCUUUUGAAUGCAUUAGUAGAGUUCUCAAAAUCCUUUUUUACCUGUUGGUCCUUACAGAAAACCUGGUGGUCCUCAUAAUUAUUUCUAUUGCACAAUACAUGUACCAAAAUUCUGUCAGUCUUUUGUCAAAUGGUGGUCAAAACCUUUGGACUACCACUUUUCGAGAACUUUGAAUUAAACUCUGAAAUGGUAACCAUUUAAAGUUAAACAUCAGAUAAUGACAGACAGCUACAUUGUCAACUUAAUCCCCCAAUAAAAACAAAGUAGUUGUAUGUAAUUGAUAGAACCUCUGUAGUGUGGCUGUUGUUGCUUCAAAACUGUAAAGUUGAUUAAUGACAAUAAAAACAGAAGGCUGUAAUUUUUUUCACUGUAUGAAUGCAAAUGAUGUAGAAAAUUUAAAUGAAGAGCAGUAGUGUACAUUUCUUGUUUAGAAUUAUACCCCUGUAGGUCUGAAUUUUUAUCAUUAUUCAUUUACUAUACAGAGUAAUAAUUGUCAUAACAACAUCACAAUAUUUUUUUAGUAUAAAUGAAACUUGCAUGUCAACACAUUUAUACCAACCAGUUUCCAUUUAUCCUCAUGCCAUAUUUUCAGUCCAUAGACUCUUUCAGUAAGUCAUCAAGUUAGAGAGUGCAAAUACCCCACUGUUUAGUGUAUUUCUCAUUAAUGAAUUGUUUUAAAGAUAAAAAUUACAUUACUGAUAUUUUCUGUAUGUAUGCAAUGAUAUGAGUUAGGAUAUUAUUUGUAAUUUUCAACCAUGAUAGUUAUUAUGAAAGAUUUUUGUGCAAUAUAGUACAUGAAAAGAACCAUCGAAAAUAGCAGUGUUAUUUUUUUUUUAUCUUAAUAUAAAUAUUCUCAUCUUUCUGUAUAUUACAUUCCUGCCUAGAUAGAAUGUUCUUGUUGUUUGUGCUUCGGCUUCUUUUGUUUUGAAAUUUGAAUUUUUGUAUCAUUGUUGUUUUUAAGAAAAUUUACAUUUGAAAUUGACCUUGUUUAAAUUUCUUUAAGAUGUUUCCGUUGCAUUAAAAAAGAAUUGAUAAACCAUAUUUUCUGUGUUUUCAAAAGCUGAAAUGUUCCUUUUAUUAUAAGAAAUGCUGAAACUAUGACAGAAAAAAAUGUACCCGUAAUGAUCAUACCACAUUCACAACUAAUAUUACAAGUAAUUUGUCUUUGAGCUUUGUAGUCUCAUGAUGUAACUACCUGUUUCCAGAGAAAAUGUAUAAAGAUGUCAGAUAAGAAAAUGAAAUAUAGCUCAAAAUGCAGAAAUUCAAACAUUCAUUAAUCACCAAAUCAUUUCAAAAUACUUGAAAUUGGAAUCAAAUCCCAGGCUUUUGAUGAGGUUGAUCACUUUCUUGGCCAUUAGAGCUGGGUUUUUUUUAGUAUGAAAAGAAGAAAAACUUGUUUGUUUGGAUUAUUUAAAAAUUUAUUGUAUACUUCUUCAUAUUACAUCUAAGAUUGUAGUAAUAUAUGUUUGUUAUAUUUUGUCAAAAAAAAUUUGGUUACUGGAAAUAAAUGAUGAAAAAACUUGUAA